AGCGAUGACAGUUCGGUUGGAGCGCACGAGGAUUUCGUCAAUUCGCGCCCUGCAAGAAUAUGGCUCUAUUCCAACACGUAAUCGCGCUCGAAACGCGUCCGGUAGCUUAAUUGGACAAGCGGCCGUCCUGCUGGGGAGGCAACUUGACUGCAACGGUUAGCCAGAUAUUUCCAUCCGUGCAUGUUGCAGCCACCCACCAACCCGUUCAUUGAGAAGAGGAGAAGAGGCAAAAGGAAGGCGCGUGCGCAUACGUCACAACCCACACAAGCGCGGCCCCUCCCGCGUCACGUGACGCCAGCGCCGGCCGAUGCCGCCAGCAGCCUGCAGCCAGCGCACGCGCCGGAGAGAGCGUCAGCCCGCUUGCGAGCCGCCACCUUUCUUUUUCCAUCCUCCCGCCGGGAGGUCGGAGCGGUCACGGGCCCACCCACCACGCGGCCGAACGGCAGCUCACCAUUCCGAAAAGGCGGGUCAUUAAAGCAGCCACUGCGGCGGGUCUAGGAUGACCGGCAAGAGCCAGACCAGCAACGUGACCAACAAGAACGACCCGCGUUCGCUCAACUCCCGCGUCUUCAUCGGCAACCUCAACACGGCAGUGGUGAGCAAGGCCGACGUGGAAGCCAUUUUCGCCAAGUACGGCAAGAUCGCGGGAUGCUCCGCGCACAAGGGCUACGCCUUCGUCCAGUAUGCCGGCGAGAGGAACGCCCGAGCGGCCGUGGCGGGCGAGAACAACAGGGUCCUUGCGGGACAGUCCUUGGACGUCAACAUGGCAGGAGAGCCUAAACCGUACCGGCCAAAAAUGGCCACCAAGAGACCGCUGUCGUCCCUCUACAGUGGCUACGAGUUUGACUAUGACUACUACAGAGAUGAUUUCUAUAGCAGACUGUUUGAGUACCACGGUCGCGUGGUGCCACCCGCCAGGGCGGUCAUCCCGGUCAAACGCUCUCGGCUCGUCAUGCCAUCCGCCCCGCGCAGGAUCAAGUCCUCCUUCUCCGUCCGGGCCUGCUCUUCUUCGUCCUCUUGCUGCUCCUCUUCUUCCUCCCGGGUUGUCGACGUCCCGACGUCUUCCGUCACGGAACCCAAACUGAAGAUGGAGCAAUUGCUGAGUAUCAAAAGGGAACUGUCGCAGAUCAAGACUAAGAUUGAUUCCCUGCUGGGGAGGCUGGACAAAUUUGAGAGACAGCAUGAGAUGCAGAGGAAACACGAGGAAGCGUGUGAAUGUCACCACGGCGACCAGGACGAUCACUCCGGCGCCGAGGACCUGGGGGCGCCGGCCGAGGCCGAGGCGGGGGACAUGACAGAUGGCGGUGACGAUUACUUUGAGGACGAGGGCGCCGGUGACAUGAGAGAGAACCACAUAUCAGAUAUCGACAACUGAGCAAGCUCAGUAUUAAAAAGAACAACAAGGUAUUUAUUCAUGUACACACAUACACUGCUUCUAUUUUGGCAUUGUUUUUCCAUCAAUCUCACAUGACAUCGUUUUGACUGGAGCCUACCUGAUGUGUUUCCAGUGAGGUGAAGGGAAGCCUGCAGUGCAUAAAGAUUGCAGAAUUUAACCAGCAAAGCCUCCGUCAGCCAGAAGGACUGUUUAAAAGUAAAAGAUCAACAACAGAGGGAAUGAUUUGUUUGUUUCAUAUUUGUAUCAUAAGAUUGAAAAAAAAAACAAACAAACAUUGACGCUCCCAAUGUGUUUUUCAUCCAGACUGCCGGUUUUGAGUGGGGAUAAUCAAGUGAAACGAGCAAUCGGCAAAAGCUAACCUGUAUAUGCUCUGUACUUCAGCCACUAUGGUCUGUAUUGUCUAUAAUUAUGUUGUACAGCAAAUGUAUGUUGAAAAUAGGAAUGUAAGAGGAAACCGUGCGCUUUGCUUUACUUGUACAGUCAUCUCGUCUCUCUCUGUCACAGUCUCCACCAUAUUCUGGCCUCUCAAAGAAAAGAUGAAUAUUUUUUACUAUCGGCAUGUAGUAACAAAAAUAAGUGACUCUCAUGGAUCAUUUGUAUUCACUGCUUUGGUUGUAAGCUACGGUCAAAAAGAGUUUUUGGAAUAAAACGGUUCCUCCCA